CCGACACCUGCGUAUGGUACAGACAACGUAGGUUGGUGGCACGUGAGAUCAUGAUCUCAAGCCUUAGGACUUGUCUGCACACCCACAUUAAACCAUGGACGGGAUCAACCUCAACGCUCUGAGCGAGAAUGCAACGCGCCUCGGGAUGAGGAUUCAAGAGACAAUAGCUGAGCAUACCCGAGAUUUGUCAUUAACUCGGGGCGGGAGCUCAUUGUUUGAUAUGGCGGACGACAAGGCGAAGAAUAUAACAAAGCAGCUCGAGUCAAGUAGUGACCGUGAAAAGCUGGACGCCAUGAAACGGUUGAUCGCGGUUUGUGCCAGUCAGUGUAACACCUGCAUAGAAAUUAUAACAUUGCUUUGUCCUCAGCUCAUCUCAAAGAACCGACCAGUUUCCUCAUAUUUCCCUGCUGUAGUCAAGAAUGUAGCCAGCCCGAACCUCGAGCUGCGCAAGCUGGUGUACAUCUAUCUCCUUCGUUGUGCACCAUCUGAACCUGAUCUGGCAUUGCUGUCGAUCAAUACUUUUCAACGGGAUCUCGCUGACCCGAGCCCUCUCAUACGCGCUAUGGCUCUUCGUGUCCUAAGCGGGAUCCGUGUUCCUACCGUUGCUGCCAUUGUGCUUAUGGCUGUCCGCAAGUCUGCUGGAGACCCGAGCCCAUAUGUUCGUAAGGCUGCUGCGUUAGCCGUUAUGAAAGUAUACAAACUAGACCAGGCGCACCAUCCAACUCUGCUCGAUAUUAUGAUGACUCUUUUGCGCGAUCGCUCUUCGCUCUCACUUGGGACUGCCGUUCUUGCUCUCGACACCAUUGCGCCAUCUCGCCUCGACCUUCUCCACGUGCAUUUUCGCCGCCUCUGCCGUGCCUUACCGGACAUUGAUGCGUGGGGGCAGGUAGACGUUCUACGUGUACUUGUGCGAUACGCGAGGACUAUGUUACCCAAGCCCGUUCCCGCCAGCGAGAUGCAAGGUGAGGAGGUCGACAAAGAUUUGAAGCUCCUGCUAGCCUGCGCAGAACCACUUUUCAUGAACAUGAAUCCUGCAGUUGUUCUUGCUGUCGUACGGGCGUUUUACUACCUUGCUCCUCCAUCGAUGCUCUCAAAGAUUGGCGCGCCUCUCCUUCGCCUCCUCAGCGUGUCGCGCGAGAUUGAACGUGUGGCACUGGCUUACUUUCUCGUCGUGGCACGUUCGCAUCCAGCUCUGUUCAUUACCUCACACAACCGCCUUCUCGUGCGUGCGGAUGAUGCAGAGCAGGUCAAGCGGACAAAGAUUUCUGUUCUCCUGGCAUUGUGCACAGUUGACAAUCACCAGAUAUUACUGCGAGAAUUCGCGGACUACGCUCAGGACACAGACGACUCUGUUGUGGGAGAUGCGAUUCAUGCCAUUGGACGCAUUGCCAGCCUCAUUCCCUCGUCUACGCCUCAAUGCCUCACUGCCCUCAUGGGAAUGAUCAACAGCAAGCAAGAUACUAUCGUCUCAAACGCAGUCCUCGUCCUCAAGUCCCUCGUCCAAAAUCAACUUUUUACACCUUCCUCUAUUUCAACCACGUCUCUCCCGACUUCCUUGUCGUCGCAGCAAGCUCUCAUCACAUCAUCCAUUUCCUCGCUGACACCACCAAUCUACACUUCAUUGUCAGCUGCACCCCUGUCCUUCACAAGCCCAGAGUCCACCUCCGUAGCCCAAGCUCCAUUGUCCAUUAUUGCCCAGCUUGCCCGGCGCAUAGACGACAUCCGGCACCCCCACGCACGGGCUUGCGUGCUGUGGCUUGUGGGUCAAUACGGGUCAUUCCCAGGCACAGGAACAACAGUUGAAGGUGUAGCAGACUGGGCACCAGAUGUGCUGCGCAAGGCAACGAGGAGCUUCAAUACUGAGGCUUCCCUAGUCAAACUUCAGACUCUCACUCUUGCUGCGAAAUUAAUACUGCUUGCGCCCACGUACGGUACACUCGUCCUACUGGCGCAACACGUUUUUACACUAGCUCGGUAUGAUAAAGACUGGGACGUGCGUGACCGUGCGAGAAUGCUGAGGGCGCUUCUUGUUGGUGCAGUUGCGGAUGUCAUGAGCAGUAAGGAUGAGGAAGGCGUUGGGGAAAAUUGGAAUAGGGAAGAGCAGGCAGGAAGGCCAGGUGUGGUGUUGAGAAGGGAACAGGUGACACGAGUGUUGUUCGAGGGAAAGACUGGGACGAUAGAAGAGGAGCCAGUGGCUGACGCUCGUCCCUUUGGAACGCUUUCCCUCGUGAUGGAGAGUGAAAGUCUGCAUCUGCAUGAUGACCAUGAAUACGAGACUGUGGUCGAUCUCCCCGAGUGGCUGGAACAGGGAAUUGACCCUGCGCUGCGUGAUAGUGAUGACGACGCACCCCAAGUUGCUUUAUCGUCGAUGACUCAAGCGAUUUCACCGCAGGCAAUCUCGUCCCAACGUGUGCCCACACCUGCGGGUUUAACACCAAUUGUGCUCACGCCCACAGGGGGAUCAACACCAAAGGAUACGAAGGACUGGAGGGAUUUGAACAAGUUCUAUGCAAGUGAGAGUGAGUCUGAGGAUGAGUCUGAGGAAGAAGAAGAGGAAGAGGAGGAAGGAGUUGAAGAGGGGAGUGGAAUUGAUGAAGAUAGUGAUGAGGAUGAGGAGAUUUCGGAUGACGAGGAAGAUGAGGAAGGAGAUACGGAACACGAUCCUACUCCGAUGCACGAAAGGACAUCGUAGUUGAUUAUCAUUGGACCUCACUUUGGGCUCGCAAACACCCGCUGACUAUCAACUCCCCGCCCAACCCAUGCCUCUGGAAUAUGCAUCACAAUAACAAAACAAAGACAUCAUACACAGUUCUUUUCGGG